AGUUAUCUAUCUUGAACCAUCAUCCCAUCAAAGCGGGGUAAACAAUCCAUUCGAUCCUCUCGCGCAACAGCAACUGAACCAUCAUGUCUUCAAUCCACCAAGCCGUGCAAAAUGUGCUCAAGCAGUCCCCGGCUCUCUAUCGUGGUCCGGGUGGUGCAAUAGCCGUUCUUGAGGAUGGAAACGUGCUUGGGCAACAUGUCUGGGGAUACGCUGAUAUCGACCAGCGCAUUCCAAUGACACCGGAAACGAUGAUGCCUAUCUGCUCGAUCACCAAACAGAUGGUGUGCAUGUGUCUUAAGGCACUGGAAAGACAACUGCAAUCCCAUCUCGGCGGUGACGACCAAGUUCAGUCGCAUUUAGACUCCCACUUCCGCGAAGUCUGUCCCGAUAACCUCGACUCCUUCCCAGGAGCCUCCAAACCGAGCCUCCGUCAACUCUGCGACAACCAAUCCGGCCUACGAGACUACUGGGCCCUGACUACACUCUGGGGCGCUCGACCGGACGGAGUCUUUUCAUUACCCGAAGCCGGAGAAAAGAUGCUAGAACGCCUAGGUGCCCCUCACUUCACCCCAGGGACCCAAUACUCCUACGCCAACACCAACUUCCACAUUCUGGCACAGGUCAUCGAGCGCUGCAGUCGCACCUGCUUUCCCUCCGGUAACAAGCCGCUGGGCCAGUGGCUCGGCGAGCAUGUUUUCACACCGGCAGCAAUGGCGUCCGCGCGCUUACAUCCGGACAAUGCCUCGUUGCCUGGAGAUUGCGUGGGAUACGAAGGGGACGAGGCGCGCGGCUACAUCGCCGCUGUCAAUCGGAUCCACUGGUCCGGCGACGCGGGCGUCGUGGCCUCGCUGGCAGACAUGAUCGCGUACGAGAAGUUCCUCCAUCGCAGCUGGGCGGACGAGACGAGCAUCUAUCGAGAAAUGGCCCUCCCUCCCACGUUCGCGGACGGGACCCCAGCCCCCUACGGCUACGGCCUCGAGCACGUUGUGGUGGCAGGCGUGCCGACGGUUGGCCACGGGGGUGCUCUGCGCGGCUACCGGCUGCACAGGCGUCACGUUCCCUCUCAGAAGCUCUCUGUAGUGGUAAUGUUCAACCAUGAUGCGGACGCCGAGAAGGCAGCGCAGGAUAUUUUGGCGAGGCUUCUGAAGAAAGAUGAAGUGCUACGCUCAGUGUCCCAUAGUGUGACACUCAGCUCGCAAAAUUGGCCGGGAUACUACUGGGACGAAGAGGCUUGCCUGGCCAUUAAGGUGAAGAAUCGCCCUGAUACUGGGGAUAUUGUCGUCACCUAUGCGGGCGAGCCGGACACUUUGGUCCCCGUGCGACCAGAGCGGGCUGAAUCUCGCACCACUUUGGCCACGCUGGAGGAUGACCGUCUCCGUCUCGACUGGCCGCAGCCGAAUAGGCAUAUCACUGCUCACCGGCUUGUCCGCUCUCCUACAGAGCCAGACGGGAAGACUUUUGCUGGAACUUAUGUCUGCCGCGAACUGGACUCGACUUUCUAUUGUGCCGAAAGUGGCGGACUGCUGUAUGGAUACUUUGAUGGCUUUCUCGGCCGUGGUCCGGUGCAUUUUAUGCGUUACUUGGGCGAGUGCAAGAAUGGAUCAGUGUGGGCCUUGGCCUGUCCGCGGGGAAUGGAUGCCCCUGCGCCGGGGGACUGGAGUCUCUGUUUCUCUCGUAGAGAGGAUGAGUCAGUCUCGGAGGUGACGAUCAGUUGUUGGCUGGCUAGACGUGCCGUGUUUGCACGGAGGUCGUAGCGGUCGGCUUCAGUUCGAUAUGGCUCAAGCCCACGCUCACGAAUAUGCCUCGUCUAUGCCUUUCAAUGUUCUCCGUAACGGCAUCGUGAAUUCAUAUGUGGAGUAUUAUUUCAGACAGCCAAUGAUACUCGUAGAGUGACAG